AUGACCUCAAAAUUCAAUUCCGGAAAGUUUGCCACCCGCCCAAAGGACGAGGCUGAGGAUAUUACCGGCCAGAGCGAUCAAAGCAAUCAGCAAGGAGAUUCUAGCAGUAAGGAUCCUAGUGAUUGGAAGCAGCGUGACUCUGCCUCCGAGGAAAGCCAGGCCUCAAGUGAAACCACCCAACCCGGAGAUCCUUUACUUCGUGGAGCUGCCCCGAGGAUGCCGGGCAGUUCGAAAUACCACUUUACUCACGAUCAGUUAUCUCACCCAGAUGAGUAA